AUGAAAGCUGCAGCUAGCAAAUACUUUCAAACGACUGUGAGCGGCACUAAGAAGUACGCUGUCGCGCCUUCUUUUUUGAAGAAGAUGGCUGCUCUUAAGCAAGAGUUACAAUCGAAUGCCCCAAAGGAUCCCCAAUUGCCGUCUAGGUUUGCGCUACGCAAACACCCGUGUCACCUUUCUCUGCCACCACUCACCCUUCCCGAUCACCUGGACCGAGCUGCCAUCGAUUACCUCCGUGAACACUGUCUCUUUUCGAUCAAACACCUCAAUCAGCUCUCUGCCAAACUAAACAAUUUCCUCCACGAACGUCCAGUCUUGUCAGAGGUACACUUAAAUCAAUUGCUUUAA